UGUUGUUGUUUUGCCGAUCUCACUGCACUUUGGACUUUCUUAUUUAAACACUCUUUGGUCUGCGAUUAAAACGGUGUCAAUUGAGCAUCCUAAACUUUGUACUUUAAUACAAAAUGAUUAACUCUGGAAAACUAGCUGGGCGCACGCUCUUCAUCACCGGUGCCUCCAGGGGAAUUGGCAAAGCUAUAGCUUUGAAGGCAGCUCGCGAUGGUGCCAACAUAAUCAUCGCUGCUAAGACUGCCCAGGCUCAUCCUAAAUUGCCAGGCACCAUCUACUCAGCGGCCGAGGAAGUUGAGAAAGCCGGUGGCAAAGCCCAUCCGUGUAUUGUCGAUGUCCGCGAUGAGCAACAAGUGCGUACUGCUGUUCAGGAAGCAGUAGCCAAAUUUGGAGGCAUUGAUAUUGUUGUGAACAAUGCCAGCGCUAUUUCACUGACCGGCACGGCCGACACCGACAUGAAGCGUUAUGAUUUGAUGCACAGCAUCAACACACGCGGCACGUUCCUUGUCUCUAAGGAAUGCCUGCCCUACUUGCAAAAAAGCAACCAUGCCCACAUUUUGAACAUAUCGCCGCCCCUCAGCAUGAAGACCAAAUGGUUUGCUCCACAUGUGGCUUACACUAUGGCCAAGUAUGGCAUGUCUAUGUGUGUGUUGGGCAUGGCAGGAGAGCUACGCGAUCGCGGCAUUGCAGUAAAUGCCCUUUGGCCUCGCACUGCCAUACACACUGCUGCAAUUGAGAUGCUUACCGGACCGGACAGCGCCAGUUGGUCGCGUAAGCCAGAGAUUAUGGCUGAUGCCGCCUAUACUAUACUCUGCCGCGAGCCCAAACAGUACACAGGCCAGUUCUUCAUCGACGACGAGGUGCUUGAAUCUGCGGGUGUCAAGGAUUUCACGGACUAUGCCUGUGUGCGUGAAAAUGCCGACAAACUCAUGGAAGACUUUUUCCUUGAGCCCAGGAAUUCACCAGUCGAAGAAGCUCAGCCUGUAUCUACAACUGCUGCUUCUGGAGAUGCCAAGAUACCACAACUGUUUAAAAAAAUUGAGUCUUUACUGUCCACAGAGAUUGUUUCGAAAACCCAGGCGGUCUAUCAGUUCAACAUUAGCGGAGAUGAGCAGGGCACUUGGUUUUUGGAUCUGAAGAACGGCACUGGCGCUUGCGGCACAGGUGCACCGCCCGCUGCUGCUGAUGCCACACUCACCAUGAAGUCUGAUCACUUCUUUGACAUGUUCUCUGGCAAACUGAAGGCUGCACCAGCCUACAUGUCCGGCAAGUUGAAGAUUAGCGGCGAUUUCCAAAAGGCGCUCAAACUGGAGAAGCUUAUGAAAGCACUGAAAUCAAAGCUGUAGAUAAUACUAGAUUUUAAGAUACUUGUAAACAAAACAAUUUUUAUAAAUAAACCGAAACACUCUACA